AGAGGUGAUAAUAUUUUUAGUUUAAACCUAACGAGAGCUAGAGGUGAUAAUAUUUUUAGUUUAAACCUAACGAGAGCUAGAGGUGAUAUUAUUUUUAGUUUAAACCUAACGAGAGCUAGAGGUGAUAUUAUUUUUAGUUUAAACCUAACGAGAGCUAGAGGUGAUAUUAUUUUUAGUUUAAAUCUAACGAGAGCUAGAGGUGAUAUUAUUUUUAGUUUAAACCUAACGAGAGCUAGAGGUGAUAUUAUUUUUAGUUUAAAUCUAACGAGAGCUAGAGGUGAUAUUAUUUUUGGUUUAAACCUAACGAGAGCUAGAGGUGAUAUUAUUUUUAGCUUAAACCUAACGAGAGCUAGAGGUGAUAUUAUUUUUGGUUUAAACCUAACGAGAGCUAGAGGUGAUAUUAUUUUUAGCUUAAACCUAACGAGAGCUAGAGGUGAUAUUAUUUUUAGUUUAAAUCUAACGAGAGCUAGAGGUGAUAAUAUUCUUAGUUUAAACCUAACGAGAGCUAGAGGUGAUAUUAUUUUUAGUUUAAACCUAACGAGAGCUAGAGGUGAUAUUAUUUUUAGUUUAAACCUAACGAGAGCUAGAGGUGAUAUUAUUUUUAGUUUAAACCUAUCGAGA